AUGGCUGCGUUCAGCAGAAGUCAGCGCUUCAGAAGCGCUUUGUGCUGUGCUGCCAACAGUUUGCAUUUUCUGAUGAACGCACUUUUUGUCCUUAAUAAUUUAUGGAUAAUGGAAGCUAUAAUUUUAAUAGCGAUAGAUGACGACUUAAAUAUAAACGAUAUAAUAAAUAAUAUUGCGGAAGAUUUAGGUCAACCUCAAUUAUUUGAUGAUUUGGAGGUUAGAAGAAAUGAAAGACCACGAAACGAAAAUUAUUAUGAACUUAUAAUCCCUCGCUAUACUGAUAUACAAUUUAUCGAACACUUCAGGAUGUCGCGAUGCACUUUCGAAGAACUGCUUCAUGUAACUGCUCCUCUCAUAAAUGAUCAUGAAUUUGCAAAUGUUAAUGUAGAAAAAAAAGUAAUGUUUACAAUUUGGGUACUGGCUAAAUCAGAGAGUUUUUUAGCUGUUGGUGAUAGGUUUAAUUUAGCAAAAAGUACAGGACACGCAAUAUUUAAAAAUGUUAUAAGUGCUUGGACACAAUUAAUGCCUCAGUAUGUGCAAUGGCCAAAUGCAAUACAACAGCAAAUAUCUUGUAAUGUAUUUCAAAACCGAUCGCAUGGAUUUCCAGGAGUAAUAGGUGCUAUAGAUGAAUGUCAUAUCCCUUGUAAACAACCCCCUAGAAAUACACAUGAUUAUUACAAUAGAAAGGGUUUCCAUUCUAUCAUAUUGCAAGCAGCUUGUGAUCACAAAGGAGUAUUCAUUGAUUGUCAUAUUGGAAUGCCAGGACGUAUGCAUGACGCCAGAGUCUUCAGAAAUAGCCCAUUAUACAAUCAGAUAAGAAAUGCAGAAAUGCCUCUAAUUCCAAAUGAUAUGCAUUUAAUAGGAGAUUCUGCAUAUCCUUUGAUGCAGAAUGUGAUGGUUCCAUUCAGAGAUAAUGGGCAUUUGCUACCUUCUCAAAUAACAUACAAUGUUAAAUUAAGUUCAAUAAGAUCCAUUAUUGAAAUGGCUUAUGGCCGAUUAAAAACUAAGUUUAGAAGAUUAAAAUAUUUAGAUAUUGCGGAUUUUAAUUUAGGAAAUGAAAUGAUUGCUGCAGCUUGUGUCCUCCAUAAUUUUAUAAUCAUUGGCGAUAGAUUGAACAUAGCGGAUGAAGAUUAUAUAUAUGGUGGUGAAAUGGAUUUACAAGAAAAUAAUAUAAUGCAUGAAUAUAAUGAACAGGAAGCUGUACAAAAGCGUAAUUUCAUUGUUGAUCGAUUUUAA